AUGAUAUAAUUUUAUCACUAUGUUUUAAGCCAUUUCUUAAAUAAGCAUCAUAAAGUGAAAAUAGAAUCAGAAACUGUCGUUUCUCUCUUAUUUAUUGUUUACUACUCUUAACUUAUAUGCUUACUAUAAUAAAAUUAGGAAAAUGCUUCGGAUUAUCAAACAUAAAUAAACUUGCUAAAUUUAUUUUAGUAUUAUGGCUAAAUAUGGAGACCUUAUAAUUAUUUAUUCAAAUACAAAGGAUUCAGAUAAUAUGCUUUUAUUAUACCAUCACUUCUGAUAACUUUGAUUAUUGUUGAUUUUUUCUUAUAAUGGAUGGAAGAAGUUAGGAUUAAGAAAACAUAACAAUCAAAGUUAAAGUUUAAAGGAAUUCAUAAUAAUAAUGAAAAAAUACUAUCAAUUAUUUUUCAGGUACAUUUAUACACUAUAUCACUUUAUGAGUUAGAUCUUUUCAUGUUAUCUAUUCGAGAAGCAACAUUAAAUUUACCAGAUUCAAUUUAAAUGCUCACUUUUUCAAUUUUUUUCCUAUUUUGUAAAUUACUGUUUAUACUACUAACUUUGAUGUGUUCAGAAUCAAUUCAUUUUCCAAGUUCUCCUAUUCAUUUUAAUAUUUUGUCAAUUGGAUAAUAUCUUAAUAUGAUUUUAGUGGUUAUAGAUUUAUAUUUAAAUCAUGAAAAAGGAGAUUUGCCAAAAACACUUUCUCUUAUUAUGAAUUUAUUUAUAUUUGGAUUUUAUAUUUAUUAAGAAUGUCAGAAAAAAGUCACUUACUUAAAUACUUUAGUAUUAUUAUUACUCACAUAUUGUUUUUUUAAUAAUUUAUCAUACUUUUUUGUUAUUUAAACUACUUAUAAAGAAUAUAGAAUCGCCUUAUUAUUUGUGUUGUGUCCAUUGUUUCUAAAUCUAAUAGUUCAUUACUCAAAACAUUCAACCAAAAUAAUUUAUGAAAAAAAUAGAACAAUAGAAGAAAUAUUUAAUAACCUUCUUUUACUGAAUGAAAAUUAAUACAAAAAUUUGAAAUCAGAAAAAUUUGAAACUUUAAUGUAUAAAUAAUUAUCUACCUAUAAUAAUGAUCCUUUUCACUCUGAAUUAAUUCUUUUCAACAAUAAAAUCAUUAAAUCCAGAAAAAAUAAAAAAGCCUUUUGGUAUUACAAAUAUAUUCUAAUAAAAUUAUCAUAAAUGUAAUACACAGAAACUUUAAUUUUGAUUCAUAAUUUCAGAGAGUCAUUUUUUUAUUCUGAGGUAAACAAAUAAUUUGUUAGAGUUUAGAUAGUAAUAUCAUUUAUUUAACAACUUAAAUUGAUAAAUUUAAAAAGUGAAGUUUAUUAACUAUUAAAUUACAAUAUAACUAAAAAUUUUGAUUUAGAUAAACUCAAUUCAAAUUCUUUUAUUAAUUACAAAGUUCAAAUAUAAAAAAGCUAAAAUUAAAUUAUGAAAAUCUUCUAAGAAAAAGAAGCUCUUUAUAUACAGCUUUUAGAAGGCAAAUCUUCAAAAAUUAAUAGUAUUUUUAAUAAAAGUUACAAAAUCCUUGAAGAUUCCUUAUAAAUAUAAUAAGAUUUAAGAUUAGAAUUAAUAAACUCAAAAACUUAUCGAAUUCAUUAAUUAUUGACAAUGCUUUAUGUUGAAUUUUUCAAUAACAUAAUAUAGGCUGAAUUACUUAAAUAUUUUUAGCUUAAUAAUGAAGAAUUGAAAUAAAAUCCUUUAGAGAAUAUGGAUUUUCUUAAUCUAAAACUUGAAGAUAAUCUAAUAAAUACAUAAAUAAAAUAUUUUAGUUAAAGUCUUUUAAUAAGAUUAGGAUAUAAAGUUAAAGAUGAAUAAAAUUUUUAAUUUAAAAUGCUCUUUCCAGAUGCUUUUUAUGAAAUUCAUCAAAACUUAAUAAAACUUUUUUUAGAAAAUGGAGUUUGCAAAUAUUUAAACAAGAUAUCAGAUAUGUUAAUUAGAGGACAAGAUAAUAUUUAUUUUUAUUCUCAAUUUUAGUUAAAUAUUGAAAAUUCUUUAGUAUCAGAAUUAUCCUUUUAUGUUUUCUUGAAAAUAAACGAAGAUUAACCUAAUUCAAUAUUUAUAAACAAGUAGCAUUAAAUAAUAGGUUAUACAACCACAUUUUUGAAGUAUAUAAACAAAAAAAACAGUAAUUUAACAUCCAAAGCUUUAUUUUUAUUAGAAUUAACUAAAUUAAUUGAUUUUAAUAAGCAGCAUCUUAAAUAAAAGUUCAUGAAGGGAAGUUUUAUAAUAGAUUAAUCAUAAAUAAUUUUAGAAAUUGUUGAAAGAAAGAGUAUAUUAGAAUUACAGAUAUUAGAGGAAGAUUUAGAUUUUUUAUUAAAUUAGGAAAUAUUUAGCCAAGAAUAAAGUUAUCCAUGCAGUUUAGCACUUAAUUAAGAAUCCGUAGUCUUAAUUCCAAAUCAGUUAUUUUUGGAAGAUUUAAAUAGUCCUUUGUCUUAAGCUAAAAGAGAAAAACCUUAUUAAGAGUUAUUGUAAAGUGAGAUUAAAUAAUAUUAAACAAUGAAAAGUAGAGAAGUUAGUAAUGUAAAUAGUGAACUUAUUUAAGAGAAGCAGAAAAAUUCAAAAUAGAGUAUUAAAGAUUAAAAAGACGAAAUUGAUAACGAUUAAGCAUCAUCAAAAUUUUCUAGAGGUUUUUUAGAUAAUUCUAUAUUUUAUUAGAAAUAUAACAAGCUUAAUUCAUUUUUGUCUGAAAGUAAACGUAAUAGGUAAAUAACUAUUAUUUUAAUAUUAUUUCUAUUGGCUUUAUUUAUUAAUAUUAUAUUUUAGUUGAUAAAUUUGAUACAAUUUUUACCAUAAUAUAAGAAAGUUAAUGCUGAUGUAGAUAUGUUAACUUUGAAGGGGAAUUUUAUGGCUCCAAUUCAUAAUUGUGUUACAGCUCAAGUUUGUGUAGUAAAUUAUAUGCUGCUAGCCUUUUUAUUUAAAGAGAUUAGUUAAGAAUAAGCUUAUUCAAAAAUGUAAUUUGGUUUAGAUUCAAUAUUAAAAUCUUAUGACCAUUUGAAAGAAUCAUUUACAACUUAAUUAGACAAUUAAAAUCUUUAAGAAUUUUUUUAUGAUUAAGAAAUAUAAAUGUAUUAGUAAGAAAAUUUAAGUCUUGUUCCAAGAAAUAUAUCAUUAAAAUCUGCUUUGAUUUAUUAUUAGGAAGCCUAAUAUUUUACAACCAUAAUUGAUUAUUAUAAUGUAUUAUCAGUAAUUUCUUCUAGUGAAUUCGUUUAUUAUAUGGCUAAUAUAAUAGCAGUUGAUGAUUAUUUUGACUAUUUAAAUGAUGAAGUUUAAAUAUUUGUUGAUACCAGAAUUUAAAUAUUCGAAAGUGAUUAAACAAAGUUUUUUUUAAAAAUGGUAUUUUUGGAGGUGCUAAUAGUUAGUUUGGGAGUUUCCUUCAUUUUACAAAACUAGUACACACUCUCUGAUUUAUUUAGUUUAUUCACAAAUAUAAAUAUAUUUGCUCUUUAGAAGGAGAUUUUUAAAUUAUAAAAGUGGAUUUAAUUACUAAAUCAUGAUGACGCAUACUAAAUUUACAAUUUUGAGGUGAGUGUUUGGGAAAAAGAUGUUUCUAUUUAAUCAUUUCCAUAUAAUUUGAAAAUAAAUUUGAAUAGAAUAAUAAAACAGGAAUAUAAACCACCUAGAUUAGGAUUAAUUUUGGUAUUUUCUAUAAUUCUUAUAAUCUACUUGCUUCCAUAAUUAAUAUUACAGUCAUUGAACAGCAGUUUUUUCGAGAAAUAUUCAUAAAGCGCAGCUCUUUUGGUAAAAUUGUCUAAGUUAGGAUCUGCAGUGACAGCAGUUUAUGAGAUUCGAGAAAUAAAUUAUAUGAUUUCAGGGUAAUCUCCUUUUUUUGAUUUCUUUACUGAUUAAAAGCGUAUAGAAUAGAAUGUAAAAGUAGUAGAUGAGCUUGCAAAGAUAAACGAUUUUCUCACUUUUUAUUUGUUUUUUGAUUUGUAAAUAUAUAACAUAAUGAUUAGUGAUUCAUCAUUAACAGAUGAUGACUUUAUUUAAAAAUUUGAAAAUGUGUAGUCAUAGAAUUUAUGCAAUUUUAUCAUUCAUGUAAAUAAUAAUUAAUGAAUAAUGUUUAGUACAAUAAAAGUCUAGCUGAAGAACAUUGUAAUUUGAUAUAUGAUGGAGUGAUGAAGUUAGGAUUAAUAAAUACUUUGACUGAAAUAUACAGAUAGAUUAAUACAGAAUUUGAGAAUACAUAAGGAUUUCAAAUAAAAAACAGGAAUAAAUCUGGUGCUUUUGAGGAAGCUGAAAUAGGAUUAAUAGCAUCAGAUGCAGUUUUAUAUUUAUAAUCUGAAGUAUUUAAUGCGAUAGUGUUAAAGACUUCUGAAUUAAUUCAGGCUCAUUAAGUAUAAAAGAUAAGAUAAAUUAGAUUUUGAUUGGGAUAUACAUAAUAAUGAGUGUAAUUCUUCUGUUGAUUUUAGUGUAUUAUUAUUACCCUUAUCUAAUGAGAAGAACAAUGAUAGUGAAGAAUAUGAUAUUUUUAAUUCCUUAGUUGUAGUUUUAUUUGGAUCAAAAAUUUGAGACAGAUUUUAGGGUAUUAUAAAUGCAGAAUGUAUGAGAUGAUAAAAAU